CCGCGACUUCCGGUGUCGCUGGGGCUUCGUUUCCGGGGCUCGCGGCGCCGGGGCCCAGCCCGAGGGACGCAGCUGGAAGCUGUGACCGCGCGGCGGCCGCGUGCCCUUGCGGGCCAGGGAGGCGCUGGCCUCGGGAUGGCGGCGGUCUUGGUGACCUUCAGUGAUGUGGCUGUGACCUUUACCCAGGAGGAGUGGAGACAGCUGGACUUGGCCCAGAGGACUCUGUACCAGGAGGUGAUGCUGGAGACCUGUGUGAUUCUAGUCUCGCUAGGGUACCGGGUUCCUAAACCAGAGUUGAUCUACCUUCCGGUGUGUGAGCGGGAGCUGUGGACAGUGAAGAAAGACCUCUUGCCUACCACCUGUACAGGUGACAGAGCACAACUUCAGACGAGAAUGCCAACCACCUGUCUCCCAGUCAAGUCUGAGGGAACCUUGCUUCAUGGAAGGCUGACUCAGGGAUCUUCAGAGGACUUCAGAUGGGGAAUGGACCCCGCUCUGGGGAUCAGGAAGGGCUUUUGGAAAGGACAGAAAGGCUGUCCUGAGGAGACCUGUCCUGGCAACACAUGUCCUGAAGAUGGUGGUUUGGAAAUGGAUGGUGAUUUGUACCCCAGGGAGUUCCAGGAGCAAGCGCUUCCAGAUGUUCUCUGUGGAUGUGACUCUCAGGAAACUGGGAAAGACACCUCAGUACUCUUAGGGAUGAACUCAUACAGGUGCAAGCAGUGUGGGAAAGGUUUUAGCAGGAAGUGGUAUCUUGUUCGACAUCAGCGGGUUCACACAGGUCUGAAGCCCUAUGAGUGCAGUGCAUGUGGGAAAACCUUCAGUCAGAACUCAACCCUCAUUCGUCACUACUUCAUUCACACCGGAGAGAAGCCAUACAAAUGCUUCGAGUGUGGGAAGGCCUUUAAACGCAGGGCGUACCUGACACAGCACCACCCAGUCCACACUGGAGAGAAGCCCUAUGAGUGCCCACAGUGUGAGAAGGCCUUCACCCACCGCUCUACAUUUAUUCGCCAUAGUAGGACACACACUGGAGAAAAACCCUUUGAGUGCAAAGAAUGUGAGAAAGCCUUCACCAAUAAAGCACACCUGAUUCAGCACUAUGUAGUCCAUACUGGUGAGAAGCCCUACGAGUGCAUGGACUGUGGGAAGGCCUUCCGGUGCAGUGCAGAGCUGGUGCAGCACCAGCGGGUCCACACUGGGGAGAAGCCCUAUGAGUGUGCCCAGUGCGGGAAGGCCUUCCACCGUAGCAUGUAUCUUGUCCAACACUUGGUCAUCCAUACUGGGGAGAUGCCCUACAAGUGCAGUGAGUGUGGCAAGGCUUUCAAACGCCGGUCACACCUCCUGCAGCACCGGCGGGUCCACUCUUGAAGAAACCUUGUCAGUACAGUGAAUGAGGGCCGUUUGUCACGUGCUGUUCCUCUUCUGUCUGUGCUAGCGGGGCCCGCGUAGAAGGAAAAACCGUAAGAACGUAGGGAAUGUUGGGAAGCAUCACUACAUCUCCCUGUUCUUUGGUCAUCUCCACUGAGUGACAUUGGAGAGGAGCCCUGUGAAUGUUGUGAAUGUAAGGAAAUCAUCUACUGCUCAGUCCUAGGCGUUAUGAAAGGAUUCCAGCAGGAAUGAGGGGAUUUAUCUCGUACCAGUGGAUCAACCUCAGAACUCAGGCUGAGGAAAACACUGAGCCAUCUUAGGGCACUUUGGCAGAAGCAAGACCUCACUUCCAUCUUAGAAUGCCUAGUGUGGGAUUUCUGCAUGAUUGUCACUGUGAGAAACCUCUGUGACAGUGGGUCACUCACUUGGCCUGGAAAGCAUUGUGUUGGAAUUGGCCUCCCCUUGGGAUUUGGCCCAUGGAGUCAGCAGGCCUCAGUCACCAGUCUCCUUCAUGGAAAGCUUUCUCUAUCAUUUGGAAAGACAUACGAAGAGGUAACAAAAAGUGGGAGGAAAAUGCAUUCCGUUAGAACUCAUUUGGACUUUGCUGCCAAGCCUUUCGCAGUUUUUAUCAGUUUGACUUUGGUAGGGAUGUCUGAGCUGUGAAGAGGUCUCAGCCCUUUAUUUUCCUCUGUGAUCUGCAGUCUUGUGUCAGGAGAAUGACAGUGCAGCAGCCCUUCAGUAAUCCACACGUCUUGACACGUGAGAAGGGCAGUGCUUAAGAGAUGAAGGGUUGAGUGAUAAGGUGCUCAAACACAAGAAAUUCGAGUGCCUCAUUAAAACGUGCACCAUGUAGCACUGCAAGGGUUUGCUCUUUAUAAAUAAACCCCUGUUCAUGUGAUUUUUAA